GUCUGAGCCUUUUUUUUAUUCCUUUCCUGUUAACUUUUUUUAUAGAAAGCGUCGUCACCUUUCUUGCUAUAGUUUCACUUGUAUUUUAUAUCUCUUUCGAGUAUUUUUUUCUUACUUUCCUCAUGCAUUUUCAUCUCUCAUACACAGCCUAAUUCCACACGUCACUACUAUUAUUUUUAUAUAGUUUUUACUACAUUACAUUCUGUUUCUUAUUAUUCCGACAACAAUUAAAACCUCAUCACUCUUUUUCAAAAAAAUAAUAAUGUCUUCCAGGCUCAGCGACGGUCGGACGAACGACCUCAUUCGGCGGUUCGAAAGCCUAGCACUAAUAAAGUCACCCACCGAAGAUGGCAGCAGCAGCAACAACAACAGCAGCAGUUUGCUCGAGUCGCCAACACCGCCCACAUUAACGAAGCAGCCGCCAGUCAGCGCAAGUGGAAUUCGCACCAGCAACUUGCUCUACAAUUCAGCAUCAGCAAAUACAAUGAACACACUGCCUGUGCCCUCCAGGAUAUCAUCGUUUCCAGAGCUCGAAAAUACGCCGCCGCUAGUGCCCGCUGCGAGCACAAGUCCGCAGGAACAUGCCACGCCGGGAGCAACCACUAUUGGGGGGUCCAAUAGUGUGCGGACUAAGGCACAUAUGCCUGGAUUCAGCGUAUCGCCAAUGAUGCCGAGCAACUUACCGCCGACCAAGUUUAACAACAACAUCAGUGCUAGUCCAGCGCAAGUCCCGAUGGCCGCGGGUGAGCCCAAGCCUAGGCGGAAAUCCCUGCUCACAGCGCUGAACCAGCGGGCCAGAAUAAACUCCUCGGCGAAAGCGACAUCCAAGUCAUGGCUCAAAUUGGCAGAGCGGUACAUGGACGAGGCGCGGUUACACCAAGAGUCCGGCGACCUAGAGAACGCUUACUUAAAGUACAUGUUGUGUUUGAACAUCAUGGAUAAGCUGCCCAAGCUGCGCGACUUUGACGCCAUUAGUAAGAACGCAACUUACGAAAGGUUGCGAAAAGAGCAUGUUACGCGAAUGGUGGGUGAGCUUGAGCAGUUGGCCAAAGUGCUCAAGACGCGGCCGUACGUUGAUCCCCACGGAGACAGGGUGCCCGAUGCGCAGGUGGAUGCCGUCGAGCAGCUCGAAAUGAUGGAGGGCAAGUUUGCGCAGAUGUACCCGGAUCAUCAGCUGGCCCGCUCGGCAAGCAGCACGGAUUCUCUCUCGCCAAUGUACCGACCAAUCCAGUCAACCCAGCCUGUGGCGGACUUGCCGGGCAAUGCAGCUGGUGCAGCACUAGCCUCGACCCUUGAAAGCCAGUGGCUGGAGGCACAGCAGCAGAGCAGAUUGCAAGAGACCGGAACAGGCCCCGGACGAUAAUAUCUCGAUCUCGCAGCGACACGCUUCCGGGAAUAGCAGUCAUUAAUCAUGGCAGCCACCGGUCAGCAAUGGCGAUUAGCCCGAACCUUGCGAGCAUCGGCGAAGACACCAGCUCCGAAUUCAUCGACCCCACCGUUACAACGUGCAUGCCGCUGGAACUCUGGAACCUGCUCGACAAGUCUCGCACUGCAGCCAACGGCCGUCCUACAGUGCUUAUUUUAGAUGUGCGGCCGCAUCAGGAUUUUGUCUGGGGCCGGAUCGACCACAAGUACACGGUCAACAUUGAGCCAGCAGUGCUUCACAAGGGAUGUACAUCGGCGGAUAUCGAGUCGAGCUUGGUGUUAGUCUCGGACGAUCAGCAAGCGUGGUUCCGCCAGCGCGG